ACUGUCGUUCUUUUGUUAUUUGUUACCUAUAACUGUACUGGAUCUCCAACUUCUUACACUCCCUUCAUAUACAUCGUGGUGCUGAGCUUAUAGGUUCAAUUUUGUUUUUUAAAGCGCCCCAUUUGUCUUCCUAGAUCCUUUUUGAAGCUUCAUAAUAACAUAAGAAAUCAACACACUAAAUAUCAAUUACUUUGGUGUCUAUCUAACGACUUCAAGUGAUAAUGUCACCAAAUCCAACCAUAGGUGCAUCCGAGGUGCCUCUCACCCCGAGAACUGCUGGUGCUCAACAACGAACAUCCCCGAGUGGUGGACAGAAUGGUAACUCAAACACGAAUAACAUCGGUUCUGGGUACCAAAGAAAUUUAACACCUUCUUACAACUUCGGCUUUGGAUUCCUGCCGUCAUUCCAGUUUAAUUCUCCCAGAAACUUGCUUAGUGGAUUGUCUCCCCAUAGGUUCUUCCAAGCUUCAAAUAACUUGACCAAAGCAACCGUUGGUGCCAAAAGGGAUGAGAAAAAUGUCUUCAACACUAGUACACCAUCAAGGACUUCUUCUAAGUUCUUGGAUUCUUUGUCCUCCGCAAACAACACCAAGAAUGAUUCUGGUGAAGAUUCGUCUACUAAUUCCCAUGAUACUGAGGAGUCUGCCAUUUGGUCCGUGAAUGAAGCCGAAAGCCAAAAUUUGACAUCUUUGACUAUUUCUUAUGACCAAACCCCAAUUAAGGUUGCAAACAAGGAGAACGAAAACACCCACCAACGGAAUUUCAGUGGUGACUUCUUGACUCCAAAUAAACUUUUCCUUCAUAGACAAGAUCAUCUGGUUGCUACCAAGAAGAGAAGAUUGUCGGUUGAAGCAUCACCCAAUACCUCAAUUGCAUCAAGACUCGAAACUAUUGCCUCUCCUCCGAGAAGCUCUAAAAUAUUCAACAGACGUCGUUCUUCUUCGAAUUCCAGCUUAAGCAGUAAGAAUAGUGAAGAUAAGGUCUGGAAUGAUGCAUUAGAUGACAUUUUAAUAUCCUCAUACAUGAAGUUCAAGGCAUUCAAGAAAAACACCACGUCUGAAAGCUAUUUCGUGAAGAACGUUUCUCAGAAUAAAGUUCUCUCGAGAAUGUUGUUGAAUAAGAGUGGUGUUUUGAGAACCCCCAAACAAAUUGCAUCUAGGUUAUUCAAGAUAACCAAAAGCACGAACGAGGCUCGUCCGGGGACUCAUUAUUUACUGUCGCAAAAUGAUCUAUCUCAUAGUCACAAUAUCUUGGAUGAAAGUCCUUUAUUAAAUGACGGACUUGAUGAGAUAAUCCGUACACCUUUGGAAGAUUUAAUUGAAAGUACUUCGAGUCAUAUAGAUUCUGUCAGCAGUGCUGAGAUCAAUGCCCAGAUUGAUAAGGAAUUGGACUUGAUAUUCUCUCCCAAUGAGUUGCUGGCAUCUCCAAUGUUACUUUUAAAAUCAAACCGAGUUGAAAUUACCGACUUCCAAAUCCUGUACAAUUCAAAUAGGGCAUCAGGUACCCAUCACUUCAUCAAGAGCAACUCAGGCUGCAAUAGAACUGUGGAGUUGUCGACCAACUCAUUGUUAAACAGGUUGAAGGUCUCAGCUGAUGAAUCAGAGUUGUCUACAAAGUUAUGUCCCAAGCUCGUUACCCAAUACGAAUCAAAUGACCUAUUGGUCUUCCAAGCUAUGAACCACUUAAACCUCAAUAUGGUAUCGAAGAACAAAUUUGACACAUUGGACUCUGUUGUAUUGAAUGCAAACCCCUUGGAUUUGCACAAUGGUUCUAUUAGUUCUUUUAUGAACUUAUUGGUAAACGGAAUAGAGCUGGAUGAAAGUCCAUUGAACUGGAGCUGUUAUACUAGAAUCUUUAGUGGUAGCAAAUUAUUGUUCACUUCCAAUGAUUCGAUUGUGGGAUAUUCAAAUGGAGGCAACAAAUUUGAAGCAACUAUACCCUUCUUGAAGCACUUCUGGACGGGAUUUUUAUCUUUAUUGAUUAAUGGUAAUGAUGACAAGGAUAUUUUGAAGAAACUUUCAAUUUUACAGAUCAUUCAUAGUAACAGAGAGGACUCAAAAAUUGAAAUGUGUUUAAUUCAUAAGUUUGACAAGUUGAGUAGGUUAGGCAAUUCUAGCUUCCAACUCUUGAAAUACUCAGGCAAAAAGGAAGAUCUCAAUGAUCUUGCAGAAGAGGACGAAAUGUUCGAAGAAACUCAGGUUGAUCAUUACAGCCAAUCUAAUGAUGAAACCAAUAGUGCUGAAGAUGAUAAUGAAACUGUAUUGGUAGAGUCUUCUCCAGUAAAAGCACCGGAGUUCCACCAUAGAGAUUUGAAGAUUGAUAUCAUGGCUGCUAAGCAUAGUAUGGCAAUGGGUCCUGCUUCUGCACCAAUCUAUAAUCCCCGAUUGGUACAGCAGAUGAAUAAUGGGAUUGUCAAACAAGAAUCAAUCAAUAUGUAUCCUUUUACACAACACUCACAAUCAACCAAUGAUAUCCCCAAGUACAUACCACAACCGGGGUACGGGUCUCAGAUGAAUGGAAAUAACAAAGCACCUUUGCCAUAUUCUACAUCAACUCCUGAUGCCCUUUCACCUUACAGUAACUCAUUUGAUGGUAGUAGACCUAUGUCUUUUGGAAGUAUUCAAACCUCCAGUAAUAUGGCCACUUCAACUUCGUACAAAGGGUUCCCAAUUGGCGAUCAGUCCCACUUCCAAGCGCCACUCCCUCCAUCUCUGGUUCCCGGUCACCAACAAAUAGGUCAAGCUCAGUUGCGCCCUGAAUCCCAAAGAGGGUCGGGUGCGUCUCAGGGAGAAUCACAAAGCCAUAUGAACAUGUCGUUCAUGGCAUCCGGUCGUCAGCAGUUGAUGGUAAACGUCGGAAGUGGAUAUGUUCCCUUUGGUUCAUUAAGUCAGGAACUACAAGAGAGAUACAUGGGAGUCCAAAAACAGUUUGAACUUCAACAGCAGCAGCAGAUACAACAAGCACUUUUGCAACAAAUACAGAUGAAUAACCUUGCUGGCACAAAUCUUCAACCUCACCAAGGCAUCGCCAUGAAUACUGGGAACAUUCCUUUGUCAGCUCCAGCAUCUCAAACAUCCUUUGCUGACCCUGCGAGCAAGUCUUACAACACUGGGCAAAAGAAACAUUCCAAGCCUAUCAAAUUUGGACCCAUGUUGGAGUAUGAUCCCUCAAAGGACAAUGCAGCAGCUGCAGCAGCAGCUGAAGCCGCAUCUGCAGCUCUUGCGAAGGCCAAGGCUAGAGGGGAGUCACGUCCAGGGGUUAGUGUUCUCAAUAUUCCUCGAGACACCCCUGUUUACAUAUACAAGCCACCAAAAAGGAAAGGGCCUUCUUAGGGUCUCAUUCCAUAUUUUUCUUCAUUUAAACGACAUUUAAAUCUAAUCAGAUUGAUCUAGACUUUGUAAAUUAUUUAGGGUCAAUGAAUGUUAGCUUAUCUCGGUAAAACUAGUAGUUGAACUGCCGGGGACACAAGAUAAAAAA